AGUAUCGGCGUCAUUUAACGACGCAGUGAUAAAACGCUGCGUUUGUGACCCUUCGGGCGAUGCCCCAGAGAGACCAAUGAUGAGGAGCAGCAGCUCUGAACUGCUCCUAGACAACCAAGAAGAGCUCCUUCGAAAGCAAAAACUGCAAGAGUUAGCUCUUCAACAAGCUAGUGUAACCGGUGCAUCAGCUGCAAGGUCUUGUAGGGAAAAUGCUCUCUUCUAUUCAACCAGCGUGUUGGCCGUCAUUGCCAUGUCGGCAGGAUCAUCCCUUCUAUUCUUGGUACCGCUCUACGUCGACCCUGCCAUUUCAACCCUCGCUUCCAAUUUUGUCCCAGAGCCAGUUACCUGCAUCACAACCAGGAGAGACCAACUCGUCGGGCUUGUCAAUUGUUCAUGGAGUUCUUGCAGAGAAGGGUGCACAAGUGAUGCAUAUCAUUGCAUCCAUAUUUACGUCAGUUACAACGACUCAGGACCAACUCCAAAACAAGUCAACGAUGCUGUAUUACUGGUGAACAUUAAGGGAUGCGGGUAUCCCCCGAAAGUCACGUGUGCCAAUUUCACAGAUAUGUACGGAGUCGAGGGUGCCACUUACCCCUGUUAUCAUUCACUUAAAAAUCGUACACUCGUUUUGACACACUACGAUAAAGAUGAACAGGUGGCUAUAAUAAUUCAUUUUUUCGCCGUGCCGUUCGUGAUAACAUUAGCAACAUCAGUUGCUUUAUGUGUUAUGCACUGUGACUGCCGAUGCCACGUAGUAGCGCACCAUAAGAGAGUGCGAAGGUCCCGCAUGCACCAAGACUUUAGUGACGGUUCUAUAAGCACUGGGGUUGAUCUUCAUCAUACUAUUAGUCAUCAUUCUGAUCUUGUUGCUAUACGUAACAUGUGAUGUUAGCGUUUCGGUCUAAUUCACGUACAGGGUGAGCCAAAAGGAAUUGGCCCAACUUUAUUCUUCUUAUCAAUUAAUAUUAUUCCUGUUUUAAACAACACAUCACAGAACUGGUUAAAUUUAUAGUAUCUAACGUAAUAUAUUUAUUACCUCAUUC